AUGGAGGACGGAACUAGAGUUGGACCCGUGAUUGAUGGACGCAAGGAUUCGGUUUGGUAUCGGACCUAUACACACAGUUGGGUCCAGAUUCUGCUGAUCAGUUUUAUCUGUUUCUGCUGUCCUGGGAUGUACAAUGCCCUCACAGGACUAGGAGGAUCUGGACAAGUGAACCAGACAGUUGCUGCGAAUGCGACUGUGGCUUUACUUGCAGCAACCGCGGCAACAGCGUUGUUUGUUGUUGGACCGAUUUUCAACCGCGUCGGUCCCCGUGUUUGUCUUCUUCUUGGUGGAUGGGCAUAUCCCUUAUACUCGGGAAGUCUGCUAUGCUUUAACUCAACCAACAAUGGUGCCUUUGUUGUCGCCGCCGGUGCGCUUCUUGGUGUGGGCGCAUCGUUUUUGUGGGUCGCGCAAGGAGCUAUCAUGACAACUUAUGUGCCCGAGUCACAAAAGGGACGUGCAAUUGCUGUAUUCUGGAUCAUCUUUAACCUCGGCGGUGGAGUAGGAUCUCUAGCCAGCUUCGGGCUGAACUACAAUUCCACCAGCGGCACAGUCUCAGAUGCAACAUACAUUGCUCUCCUAAUUCUCAUGGGAAUUGGAUGGUUGAUGGGCGUGUUCAUCUGUCCUCCUGCAUCAGUUCGAGUCUCCCAACUGAAGGCAAUCCCAGAAGAUGAAAAGAACUGGAAACAGACGGCGCGACUAUCCAUACGUACGAUUGCUGAUUGGCGUGUGCUGUGCUUGCUGCCACUGUUCUUCUCGGCGAAUGUCUUUUACUCCUAUCAGCAGAAUGUGGUCAAUGGCAUGACCUUCGAUAUCCGCACGCGCUCGCUUAAUGGUGCAUUUUACUGGAUCGCGCAGAUGCUGGGCGGUCUGAUCAUUGGUCUUAUUCUUGACUUUCCCGGUCUUAACCGACAAAUUCGCGCGAGGGUGGCUUGGGUUUUCCUUUUUGUAACUGGCAUGGCUAUCUGGGGUGGUGGUUAUGCGUUCCAGAAAUGGUCUUCGCGUCGCUUGGCCAUGGGCAUCAAGCAGGAUAUCGACUACAAGGAUGGUUCUGUCUCCGUGGGUCCGAUGUUACUUUACAUCUUCUAUGGUGCUUAUGACGCUUUCUGGCAGUCUUUUUGCUACUGGCUCGUGGGCGCUCGGUCCAAUUCGCCGGCUGUCACUGCGAUCCUGGUCGGCGCGUACAAGACCUUCCAAAGUGCGGGCGGAGCUAUGGCAUGGCGAAUCAACGCAUUGGGAAAGCCUGCUAUGACCCAAUUCGCUAUGGAUUGGGGUCUGUGCAUGGGGUCUCUCGUCAUCGCCAUUCCCUCCGUUCUGGCGGUUACCCUGACUAGCGAUCCUGAGAUCGAAAAGAUGAAGGCUGCGGAUGGCCCAUAUUCGCCGGAUUCGCCGGAUUUCGAGAAGCCCAAGACUGUGCUGAGGGAAUAA